AUGUGGAUAUCCCCCGCCUGUGGAGGACAUACACAGCUACAGCGGCUGAUUCACGCGAGCAACCUCUACAUCCCCCUCCUUCCCUAUGGACCAGCCGCAGCCACACCUCUCCCCGCCAUGAGGGAGCUGGAAUUUAUCGGCCCCUGCCCAGCCUAUAGUUCUGCAUUCCUCUCCCAGGCACCCCCUCCAACCGGGUGUGACGGCUUCCGCCAGAUGGGCAAAAGCUUAGUUCCUCGCGAUCCGUCCGAGCAGGUAACCCAAGUCGGGAUUGGGAUUACGAUGCCAGAUGACGAUAUCCUAUUUCGAGUGAUCCCAUUGUUGGCCCGAGCUGCCCAUAUCUUCGAGGAGCGAAGCUCCCAUCAGAGAACCACCGCGCACGUCGAGCGCGGAGAGGGGAUGAAAGGAUCUGGCAGAGUCCACUUCCAUGGCUGUACUGCCAAGGACGCCGGAUUGCAAGCCAAGCCAGGGAGUACCGUGUGGAUGAUGCGGAUCUCUCCUUGCCUUGCGGGAUCUCACCCGGCCGGUGUUUGA